CUGCAGAUGGCUUCAGUGACCGAUGGCAAAGCUGGAGUCAAAGAUGCCUCUGACCAGAAUUUUGACUACAUGUUCAAACUUCUCAUCAUCGGCAAUAGCAGUGUUGGCAAAACCUCCUUCCUCUUCCGCUACGCCGACGACACUUUCACCCCAGCCUUCGUCAGCACUGUGGGCAUCGACUUCAAGGUGAAGACAGUCUACCGCCAUGACAAGCGAGUAAAGCUACAGAUCUGGGACACAGCUGGGCAGGAGCGAUACCGGACCAUCACCACAGCCUAUUAUCGUGGGGCCAUGGGCUUCAUUCUGAUGUAUGACAUCACCAAUGAGGAGUCUUUCAAUGCUGUCCAAGAUUGGGCUACUCAAAUCAAGACCUACUCCUGGGACAAUGCGCAGGUUAUCCUGGUGGGGAACAAGUGUGACAUGGAGGAAGAAAGGGUUAUUCCCACUGAGAAGGGCCGGGUUCUCGCAGAGCAGCUUGGGUUUGACUUCUUUGAAGCCAGUGCCAAGGAGAACAUCAGCGUGAGGCAGGCCUUUGAGUGCCUGGUGGAUGCCAUUUGUGACAAGAUGUCUGAUUCGCUGGACACGGACCCCUCUGUGCUGGGCACCUCCAAGAACACCCGUCUGUCAGACACCCCACCGCUGCUGCAGCAGAGCUGCUCCUGCUAGGCAAGGCCUAGCCUCCCGCUGUCCCCUCAUUGUGGCCCCACACCCACCCGGCUUCCCCAGUUACACUCUGUCCACCCCCAGUCCCGAGCCUGUUGAGCCGCUGCCGUUCAUUGCCUGCAGUGGAGGUGGAAGCAUGCCCCUGGGGUUCUCUGCAGAUUAUCCCACUUUUAGACACUCAGCACUAGACUAACAGUCAGGUCACAAUGUGGGUGGAGAGUCACUUUAUAAAAGAAGACUCCAUUUUACAAAGGGGAUUCACUACAGGGACUUGGAAACCAAUUUUUUUUUCCGCCUUUAAAAUAAGAUUUCCUCCAUUUACCAAAAUUUGACACACACACAUACUUUUCAGGCCUGGCCAGCUGUGUAAAGUGAGGCCCACCUGCACAAAACUAAUCCAAUUAAAGAAAACCUCCCUAUACAGAACAUGCUUGUUUCAUAUCAGGUUCCCUGUGGGGCUUCCUCUCACCUCAAGUCAAGCAUCGGCUUUAAAAGCCCUAUGCCUGUUGUCACGGAUGCCCACAGGGCCUGGGCAGUUGCUGUGGUGACAGGCCAGAGCUAAUCUCCAGAGAGCUCAGACUCUCUAAUGAUGCUGAGGGAGCAAAGGCUGAGUCAGAAACACACUUGAAAGAAAAAGAUUAUUCCCUGCAAAAUGUCAAAUUUUCCUUCUAUAUGAAAGAGCAAGCGAGGGAGCUCAAGGAAGAUAAAGAAAAAGAGAAACAGAGGCAAGAUAAAGAAACUGGACAUGGUUUCUGAUUUUGCUGCUUUCCAGCUGGCUCUUAACAAUGGGAACUUUAUGAAAUUGGUCACUAGUUCUUAGACUCCCAGGAUCUGGAAAAUUUAGUGUGGUAGGAUCCCAAAUUUGACCUAGCCUGACUAGUUACAAUCCUCUGACAGGUGGCUGUCAGGCCUCACAACCAAAUCUCUUCCUCUAAAGCACACCUUCUGGGGAUGAGAGCUCAUUGUCCACACCAUUUCUGGGCAGCUCUCAUAAUCAGAAAGUUUUCCUUGCUUUAAGCUCAAAUCUGCCUCCUAGAAAUUCUUCCUUUUCUCACGCAAUUUGUAUCAGCUCUGCUGUCAGAGACCUCACAGACUCUGCUCCCUCUGCCCCCUGACACCCUUAGAUGACUGAAGAACAGAAAUUGUGAUCCCUGGGAUCUGUCGUUUUUAUGUCAAAGAGUUCUAAUUUCAUCUGCCAUUCUACAUAGGGUCUCUCCCUAUCCUGCGUUUUCUUCCAACCCAUCUUUCAAUCACUCCUGAAUAGUCCAACUGGAAAAUGUGAUUCAAAACAGAAUAAAUCUAAGGGGAGGGCAUGACCCUGACAAAAUUGGGAAAGCUAAACUCAGAUGUCCCAAUCUCAACCUCAUGUUUCUGGAAGUAAAACCUUAGUUUCUACCAAAAAUCAGAUGUGAAACCACUCCUGGUGGAAACCGCUUAAUUACAUACCUGAAAACACACACAUACACACACAAAACAAAAAACAAAACCCUGUGAAACAAACUGAAUGGAUUAGCUCGUGAUUCUAGCUUGUUUGGACACAGCAAAUGUUUGGUUUUUUUAGCUGAAAUAAUGACACGGAACUAGUGAUGAUUCUUAAAAAUCUUUCCUCCCAGCACUGGCCUGAAUCCCCAGCUUCCCUAUGUACUAACAUACCUCCUCAAAAGUCAGUGGGGGAGAGAGGAGACUCUUCCAAGUUUCCUGUCCAUUUCAAAUGCAGCUCAUUGUCCUAGGAAAGUGCAUUAAAUAGCAACGGGUCCAAUGGACUACAUCAAAGUAACCCUCCAGAAUCAGUCUUAUGGAGAUGUUGCUUUCCCUGAUGCAGUGCAGAGGACAGAACUGUGGCCUUAGAAUCAAGAGGCCUGCACUCUUUCCUUAAAUCAAGCGUGACUCUGGACUAGUGACUCCCCAUCUCUAAGUCUUGAUUUCCCACUUAUAAAAUGACGGGGGGUUAUUUGGGUAAUCUUACAGGUCCCUUCUGGCACUAAUAACUCUUUGUUUCAUCUUCAUCAUUUCAGUUGAUCUGCAAAAUAAACCCUAGAGGUGAGGAUUAUCACCCCAAUGUCAUUAUAGCUAACACUGAUGUCAGACUUAUUCUAUACUAAGCAUUGUUCCAAGCACUUUACUUGUAUUUACUCAUUUAUCUUCCCAACGUCUUUGUGAGGGAGGCACUAUAAUCAACCUCAUUUAAAGAUGAGGAAACUAAGGUACAAAGAAAUUUUCUAGUGGGGCCUAAAGUCAGACAAUGAGUAAAUGAUAGAAAAUGGGUUCAAAUCAAGGCAGUAGGCUCCAGGGUCUGUGCUCUUCACAUUGUAUGCUACAUUUUUUAUAGAUAAACUAUGAUCCAAAGAGGUUAAGGGAUGUGGCAAAAUUGCACAACUAGCAAGUGUAAGAGCUAUGUUAGGAUUCAAUCCCAAAGCCAUCAGAUGUCAAGUCUACUCUAACAUUUAUGUCCCUAAUCUGUUAAUAGAUUGUUCAACGAUUCAGACUAAUCUGAGGUGAUGAAUGUCUAACACUUCUGGAAAGCAGUCAGUCUCUUAGGCAACCAGGUCCCAUGGGCCUGAACUGAAAAUGCCCAACGCUUCUCAGGCCCAAGCCGUGGCUUUCCCUGUACCUGCCUCUGUCAGGCAAUUCUUACUGAGCUCUCAGGCAGUACUUUGAAACAGCCUCCCUGCUUUAGCAAUGGGGCAUUUGGGGGAAGUGACUUGAUCAACUUCUCUGACCGUGGAAGAACGUGGUCCCUUCAUAAGGCAGUGGUUCUGGCUGUGCUUUUUACACUGUAAAGUCCCAUACGAGUCAGGGAUAAUUGCUAUUUUUCUGGCCAGUAACAUCCAGUAAAAUCCUACUAUCAGGGUUUAAGACUGAGCUCCUCAUGACCCCUGGGUAUUUUAGUACAUAUAGCAAAUAAUCUUUUCUCUCCUACUGAGUAUCCAAGCAAAGAUUGAGAAAAAAUUUUUUUUUAACUGUCAAAUUUUUUAAAACUAAGGAGCCAGUUCAAGGGAGCAAGCACCUUUACAACAGAAAGAAUCAAGAGUUAAAUGUAACAGUGGCAAACUCUUCUACUGGUGACAAACAGACCUGCUUGUUAGCUGGCAAUUCCCCAGCCCUACUCUGUGACCUCGCUUCUGCCGAGUGGAAGGCAGCAGCUUCCAGCUGAUGGCAGUGAAAUGUUCAUCAAUCACAGUAAUAGCGCAGUUAGCCACCAAGGUUCAAGCUGCAUAAUAUGUGUUAGUGGCAACUUGUCCUGGCUUUCAUCUUAUUUAACAAUCCAAAUAAAAGAAGAUUAAAGAACAACAACAACUCUUGACCUCUAAAGAGGCGAAAGUAGGCCAAACGUGCAAUACAGUAUUGUAGCUAUUUAUAGAAUUUGUCUUAAAUGCAUGUGUAUCUGUAAAUACAAAGUGAUUCGUGACUAUUAUUGUCUCCUUAGUCUGCAGCAUUAUUAACUUCUAAAGGCCGCAAUGGGGUAGAGUGUACUGAAUGGUCACAGACUCGUCAAAUAUGAAAUUUGGAAGGGAGCUUAGAGAAAAUCUUGUCCAGGCCCCUUGUUUUACAAGAAGGAAGGUUGCGGUUCAGAGAGAGGGAGGAAAUUUCCUAAGGUCACCCUGAGAGGGCAUUUGUAGUGGACCCAGGACUAGGUCUUGGAUCACCUCUGGAAAAAAUUCACCUAUUCUAUAUUUAUGAUGGGCCUGGCACUAUUACCUAUUUGAUAAAUAAAGAUGAAAACAAAUGA